AAGGAAGAGGAGACUGUAUACCUGUUACCAGCGUCUGCCUGUUACCGUGGCGACACAUACAUGAACUCUCUGAGAGAGCUGCUGUAAUUGUUCUUUAUAGAAGGACGAUUCGAGAGACGAAGGCUUGACUGAAAGGCUGGUCAAGAGCACUAUGCCAGUUUACAUCAGGAAAGGACCUUUGGAAAUCCCACCAGGCUCAGAGAGGGACUGGGCUACAGAAGAACAGAAUGAAGACUCCUUUAUUAAGGAUCCAGAUCAAGCUCUAGAUUUGCUACCUCAACCAUUCCGGAUGAUUGACAAAGUGGUGAAUCAUCUGAUCUAUCAAGCCUUGGAGAUAAUCAGCAUUAAUGAGCAUAAGCGAGAGCAAGACAAAUUGAAGAGGAAAACUGAAGUGUUUACUCCAAUAGCUGAAAUCCAGGUUACCAAGCGAGUAAAUUGCCUGGCUGCAAUGGAAUCAGGAACAUAUUUAUUUGUUGGACAUUCUGAGGGGCUAGCAGUAUACAGCUUUCCAGACUGCCACUGGAUUUGUGGUUGGGAAGACACUAAAAUAGAAAUCUGUAGCCUCAGCAUUUGCCAUGUGAAAAAUCAGCUAUAUAUGCUCGCCACAGUGGACGAUAUGGGAAUAGCUCGUCUGUUAUACUUCUCAGAGGACAGGCUGAAUCUUUUAAAAGUCAUCAAUGAACCUGAGGAUGUAAGUAAGAGGACUAUAUGUGUAACACUUAAGGUCUCCGCUGGAGGAGAUUAUGCAGGGAUUCUUCUUGAAGGCAGCGAGGAAUGUUGGCUAGAAGUGUAUCGAUUGCCUAAGGAUUCCUGGCUAAAAGAGGUGGAACAUGCUCAGACAGUACUGCUAUCAAGCAUUUCCUUGCCAGCUACACAGACUGCACCCAGUGAAACCUUACAAACAGAAGCUGAAAUAAAACUUGCACCACCAGUACUUUUAAUGAAGAUUAAACCUCCAAAUCCAGUAACCGGUAGUACAUUCAAAUGUGCACAGGAAGCAGUGCAGAAGUAUGAGCAUAACACUGUGUUUGGUAUCGGACAGAACCACAUCAUUAGUGGUAAUCAGUGGGAGGAGCAAGAAGCAAUAUUUACAAACUCUUUCCAGAAAUACCUCAGUUUUGAAAAUGCUAAUACAUCCAAAAGUGAACCAGCAAGGCAUGCAGAGUUUCAUUUCAUCCAGCCAGAAAGAAUAUUACAAGCAGACACAGAAAGUAAUCAUACAGCCAUACCAAAAGCAAUAAGCGUGCACUGGCGAGGAAAUCACAAUCUACUUAUGUACCUGCUGGUCCGACCUCCAAAGGAUAAACCAGAUGCUGACCCAAAGCCUGAUACAGUAUGGCCCUGUGCAGCUGCUAUCACUUGUUCAGCCAUCAGUUCUUGCUUUUCAUACUUAGCUGUGAGCUUGGCAGAUGGAACCUUUACUAUUUGGGACAUAAAAUAUUCUGGGUUCCCUUUGGCCGUAGUUGCCCUUCCAGAGGAAAGGUCAAUUGGUGGCCUUCAAUUCUUAGAUUACCCUGCAGUUAAUGCAGAUCCAUUGCCCAAUGGCAUUCCUGCUACACCCAGAGUUAAACUAUUAGUGUGGUGCACUGAUAACUCAUUGUACCUUGCUACAGCAUCUGGAGGCAAGGAAACAAGUCUUGCCAUACUUCGAGAAAGCUCAGGCAACUCUGAUGAACACAUCAGUACAGUUGCACCUGUUCCCUGCCUUCCUAAUGCCGUCCUUCUAUUUUUCCGUAAUGGUUUAGUGGAGCUCAUGGAUGUUUUAACACAAGAAACUGUUUGUCAGUUUGGGCUUCCACUGAACCAUCAGCUGUCAUAUCCCUGGCAACCAGUGUAUGCUCUUGAUCCAAAGCAAUACUGUCUCUUUCUUAAAGGGCAAGAGAAAGUAACUGUAAGUGACAUUCUGGCUAACAGAAAUGAGGCUUGUUCUCUAUUUGCUUUCAAUCUGAACUGUGCCCCUCUAGUGGAUGCUUUCAUUAAAAAACACCAAUCUGUAGCACCUGCCAAACACAUUAUUCAGUGGGAUAAGAAUCACCUGCAACUGUUUCAGAGGAGGUUGCAAACGUAUCCAGAAAGAAGCAAACAUAUUUCAGAGACUUGGGAUUUCCUAAGGAAACAAGCGUCUUCUUUAAUCCAGCAGGAUAAGCGCAUUAGGUGAUGUUUUGUCUGCACAUCAUGUGUUCUAGCAAGACACUUUUAUAUUGUUAUCUGAAGUCCAAUCUGCAAUUCUGUAAAUUGAUAUUUUCGACUUCUGUAGAUUUCUAGCAUGCUACAAAAGUGUAAUUAGUUCUGUGCAAACUGACACAUUAAUCGACUAUGAUAAUUUAGUCAAUUCUGGUAAUUUUGGAAAUUGUUUUACCUGAGAAAAAAAUGUAACUGAUGGUGGGAUUUCAUCAGAAUUUUAGUACUGUCUUCAAGCACAAAUACAACAUUUACAUUUUAA